AGGGGAGAUGCAGAGGUAGAGAAUUUGGGAUCCUGGGGUUAGGUCCAGGGGCGGGGCAAAUAAGGGGUCAGCCAAGAGUAUUGGUCCAAGACCCACAAAUACAUCAGGAUUUUCCCUCCUCCGUCAGCCUCCUAAGCCCCAAUGAGGUCAUAGCGAUGAGAGAGAAUCAGAUCAAGAGAGAGGGGGAGGAAGAGGACGACGACGGAGAAAAAAACCCAGACGGAAAGAGGCCAUCAGACAAGGUCGCGUUUUCUGGCGAUACAGCAAGUGCAAGAAAUGUGGUGCUGAGCACCAUUCACCUGCUCUGCCUGGAGACCUAGGGAUUCACAGAAGCACUUUGCGAUGCCAGGAAAACAAAGGAGGGGAGGCAAGAGGACUGGCGGAGAGGGGUUGUGAGCAGUCCCCCUUUAUCUCUAGGAAGCCAAGCUCUGUUCCUCCACUGGGAAAGAGGAGGGAGCCUGAGAGGUGCAGGAAGCUCCUGGGAGCGCAGAACCCAGACGCGGCAGAACUCUGGACAGCGCCUUGAAGCUACUAGGGCUCACAUCCAGUCUGCUCUUCAGUACCCGGCUCCCCAGUGCUGGCUUCUGGACUCCCACCCACCGCCGGCGGUUCCUGUGUGAACGCGCCAGGGGCUGAAGCAGCCCUUUCUCCUCUGGCCUGGCCACGGAAAUGGUUCUCUGGUUCUGGAAAUCCAGACCUUUUGGAUAAUGUUUUGUUGGUGAAGAGAGAAAAGUUUGAGGAUUUGGACUGUGGUAGGGGGUGGAAGGGGCUAAGGAGGACUUUGGAAGAAAGAAGGUGGAUGAUUGGCUUCCUUCUCUGAGCUGGAAGGAAUGAUGACCCAAGGAGGAUGUGCACCAGCAGCCAGAUUAUUGGGAGCCUCUUGGUGCUCUCUGUGCUGGAGAUAGGGCUCGGGGUGUCCAGCGUGGCUGUGGGGGCAGUCAGCUUCAGCCUGGCCCUCCGAGAGCACACACCGCAGCUCGGAGACUCGUCCCCGGUAUGGAGCGGGGUGUGUUUUCUUCUUUGUGGCAUAUGUGGAAUACUGUGCGCCAAAAAAAAAUCUGGACUUGUUAUGAUCCUCUUUUCAGCCUGUUGUAUCUGUGGACUCAUUGGAGGCAUCCUGAAUUUUCAGUUUCUUCGGGCAGUCACAAAGAAGACCUCAUCCGUGUACCCACUGCACCUCGCUUCCAUGUCUUUGGCAUGUAUUGGCAUUGGGGGCUGCACUCUGUCCUCCUGGCUAACUUGUCGUCUAGCCAGCUAUGAGCAAAGGAGAAUGUUCUCGGAAAGGGAACAUUCCCUGCAUCACUCUCAUGAAAUGGCUGAGAAAAGAUUGAGGGCUAUUGAAAUAACCGACUUGCCCAGCUGCCCGGUGGUGCCCCCGACACCGGAGUUACCUACAAGGAAAUGACAGACAACAUGAGCAAUGGAGGACCACAGCUGAUAAUUAAUGGAAGAGUACAAUCAAUGUUUUAAAGAACUGAACAUUUUUCAGGUUGUUUAUGAGGCAGGAGAGGCUGAAGGCCUGAGAGCUGCAGUUAAAACGUUUCUUACAUUUGCUGUUAUUUCCCCCGAGAAUCCACUAAAAUUUUUCCUUCUCAAUUUUUGCCUCACUUAUCCUCCAGCCUUUUCUAUAGGGUGAAAACUUUCCAGGAACAUUGUAGCUUAGUCGUCUCAACAGACUGAAACAAUUUUCUAAAGAAGACUCUUUCAGAACAAUAAAUGGAACAGCAGUGAUAAAUACUGUAUACAAACAACAUUACACUAGCAUGAGCUUUAGAAUUGUAAUUGCAUAUUUAAUGAAUAGUUCAAAAGCUAACAAUAACGUGUUGAUGUCUUUGUUUUGAAAGACAAAUGACUUCAAGUAUGCUAAAAAUCAAAACCUCAGUAAUGCCUUGUUGUAACAACAUUGCAAUUAAUUUCAAUUUGUGAAUGAACUAUAUUCAUAGUUUAUUUGUAAAUUACAAAAUGCAGCAUCAAAGGUGAUUUUUUAGUGAAAAAUAUGAUUCUGUAUGAUAUUUUUGCACUUUUCCACAAGUGAAAAAUUACAAGUGAUAUUAUGUAAGGAAAAUAAAUGUUUUCAUUAUACUCUGCAGAUUGAUCUGCAUGUCCAUUAAUGAAUCUAAGAAUAAAUUAUGUGUUUAUACAUAGGUGUAUAUAUACUGUAAAUAUAGAAAAUACACACAGCAUAUAUUUAUAGCUACAUGAAUGUAAAUAGAUAAUAGGAAAAAUUGUGAUGAUAUGGGUAUUCUACCAGUUAUGGGAAGGCCAUUGCUCAAAGAUUUCUAAACCCACAAGGUCACAUAGUUAAUUUCUACUCUAUCUGUCCAUUUCCUUCUUUUUCUUAAAUCUAUUGUGUGUAGAUAGUAUUAUGACUUACAUGUAUGGGACCGAGUGUCAUGAAUACUGAAGUAUAAAUAUAAAUUACUUAGUUGUUGGGUAUUGUACUGUGAUUAUGGUGUUUAUGUAAAAGUAAUUGUUAAUAUUGAUUUAUAAAUAUCACUUCAAUCAUGUAAGUCUCUAUAAACAAAAAAUAUUAUUUAGGAUUAUUCUGGAUAUGAUUAUUUCAAAUAACUUUCAGCCAAAUUAAAUUGUAUAGAAGGGAAGAUGAUUUACCACUCUAAGUGAAGUUACCACUAGCUUUGCUAUAUUUUAUUUCAAUAUCUUGUGUCCUUUGAUGAUUAACAUGAAAUAAUACAGAAUGGUCAUGUUUGGGAAAGUAUAUAUUCAAAACAUCUGAGAAAGUUCUCAGUAGAAGAAAAUUGAAAGAUAAGCUGACAUUCAUAUAGCUAGAUUCAAUCCUUCUCUUCCACAAUGGAAUAUUAAAAUAAUAGCUAACAAUAUGUAUAAAUGAGUAAAUAGCAUGGACUUUGAGAUAAUUCUGAAAAUUAAUCUCUGACAACAUAUAAAGUAAUAUUUUUAAAUAAGUAACACUACAUUAUAUAUUUUUAUUACUUCCCAAAACUAAACAAAUUUCAACUCAUUUUUAUGAAUUAUUCAAUCACAGGUAAAUUGAUAUCUUUAGUGCUCAGUGUGAGAACACAUUAUAAUCACAAGUAAGACAUUUUUCAUUAUGCUAACAAAACAGCAAUAAUUUGGCCUAAGGGUACCACGAAACUUUGACAAAGUCAUCAUGCUGUUGAGAUAAACUCCUCAGAAAAUUAUGACUGAACAGAAAUAGCUGGCCCCUACUUGGUUUUGGUAUAAGUUUUGACUCUUCUCUACUUGUUUGGAUACUUCAUCGUCUGGUAUAUUAUAAAUAGUGUCCGUAGAUUCAAUCUGAAAUAAUGAAUAAGCAUCAUCACUAUUCACUUCAUGCCACACAUAGGCAUGAUAUUUGCCACUAAAUAUCUAAACUGUAAAAUGUAGAAAUCUUGUGUAUAUACGGUUGUACCAAAUUGAUGCAGGAAGUAGCUUCAUUGUCAAAGAAGAAACCACUGACUCUAAUUUUUGGUAGCAUUUCUCUGUAGACAUGUUGUAAAAUACAGAAUCAAAAUACAUCAACACAUUUAAUGCCUUUUGAAUUUAUUUUUAAAAGCACAGAUUAAAAGACAAAAGUGGGCUAUCAGUGCUUUGAAAUACAGUUAAAAAGAGAUGCAAUUUCAUCAGUUAUCUAAAUAGUUUACAGUGUGUAUGUAAUCAAUUCUAGACACAUCUUUAACUGUAAUUAUUUCAACCCAGUGUUUUCUUGACUCAAAUUGGAGUGAUUUAUUCUUGAGAGAAAUGGAGAAAGUUAAGAAAUUAUACAAGCAAAUGAAAUUUUAAUUUUGACAACAAACAGACAAGGAAUCAAAAACGUUAGUGCCUACAUCAUAGUUUUAGUACAUACCUACCCUUGAGGAAAUAUAAUGUGAUACUAAAUUAGGAAAAAAUGUGAAAUUGGUGUGGAGUACAUUUCAUAUACAAAAAGCAGAAAUCACUUAUUGGAAAAUUUAAAAUAUAUUUGUAUGUGUAUAUGUGUGCAAUACACAUACAACUGUUUUAAAGUGGAAUGUUGUAUGAUGACUCCUGAUAUUUAUGUAAUAAACUCAUGUACUUUGAAACUACA